AUGACGGUCAUCUCAAUAAGGCACAACAAGGUCAAGAAUGUCCCAUUUGACUUUACUAAGUUUGAGCUCCUUGAAGUUGCUGACUUUACACACAAUGGAGGAACCUGUGACACAAUGUUCUUUAACUUCCCACCUUAUGAUGAGUGGUAUAGUAAGGAAGAACAGAAGAAGUGGAUACAGGAACUGCCAGAUUUUCAAAAGAAGAUUGAGGAGACAUGCCGCGGUUAG